AUGCUGCCAUUGCCACAUUGCAGCCACUCCAGCAGGCAGCCGUGCAAUGGCAGCAGCAAAUUCCGCAUCCGAAUCCUCAACCGCAACCGCAGUCGCGUCCACAUCCACAGCCACCACAGUCUCACCAGCCAUCAUACCAGCCACAACAACAACAUCUGCUGCCAACAACAACAACAACACACAUGUCCACCAUCUCCGCCAGUCAGCAACCCCCCAACCAGCCGCAGCAGUCUCGCGCGAUCACCAGCAACAAUAUGAAUAGUUACAGCCAGCAGCAGUCUCAGCAGCAACAGACCAACAUUCAGAUACCCAGCCAGUCGGCCUACUAUGCGCCUGCUUACUUUGUUCCUACCUAUCAGACAGCAGCAGGAUCAGGAGCAGCCACACCGGCAGAAGCAGGAGCAGCAGCAGCAGCUGUAUAUCCAAAUACAGUUGGCUAUGUGGUUACUUCUGCACCUGCCGCCACCACAUAUUUGGCUACAGGAACAGCUCCUGGAGCACCACCAACACAAGCAAGACGAACUCCAACAUAUACCGCGACAUCGAGAGAAUCGGGUGGCACAACAUAUUAUUAUUAUCAUCAGGUCGAUGAGGGAUCUGGAUCAACGCAAACAGUGCCCGUACCAUCAGCCACAUCGACAACGUAUACUUAUACAACAUCAUCAGCAGAAGGAUCAGCAGGAGGAGCAGCAUCUGCAGGAAGAGAAGGAGCGGGAACAACCACACCAGAAGGAGCCGGAGCAGAUACCGCAUAUGUAUAUUACCAGUGUUCCGAUUCGAACCAUGUCAAUACCCUCAACUACUUAGAUCCUCAAACUGGGAGAUUGCAAGCCAUGGGUCUUGUAUAUGUGACAUACAGGGGAGACCGAGAUCGAACAGACGGAGCACCAGCUCCAAGAACAGCUCAAGCACAACAGGAUAGAAUGGAGGCGAGUUGGGGGCCGGGAACAACUGGUGGUGGUGGCGGACGUGGCAGCAACAACCAGGAUGCUGCUGAUGAUGAUGGGAUGCUGCGCGGCACUAGCGGAGGCAGAGGCAGUGGUGGAGCAGCCGGAGGAGGCAGCAGGCACGCAGUCGGUGGCAGCUUUAACCACUACAACCGAAAUCGAAACCGAAACUGAAUCUAAAUCAUCCCCCUCGUAAUACCCCGGAAAUAGCCCCCUCAAUACUCCUCUAUCUCUCUCUCUCUUUGACUCUGUGCGUCUCUCUCUACCUAGAUGUAUGUAUGUGUUCGUACAGACAGACACACAGAAACACACAAAUGUAUAUAUCCACACACACUGAUUGAUCGGUUGAAGAUCGGAGGGCGAACGAAGGAAGAGAGCGGCGCAAAAAGGCAUUGGCAGCAAAAACAAAAGGGAUGCAGACAAAAA